CUGGCAUUGGAAUCGGAGUGAGGAAAGCCCGCUCAACUCUCCCUUUCGCCUAUUUUGUGAUCCUCUCUCGCGCUCGCAGAUAUGGUUGACCUUUUUCCCUCUUCGCUUCACUGCAAUUCAAUUCAGAAAACAAAAUUGCCUAACCAACCAACCCAUCACUGAAAUGAAUUGAAAAAACAAGAUUUGGUUGGCAAUAAAUAAGUGUCGCGACCACCGAAAAAACAGACACAUGAGACCAUUUAAAGCCUUCAACCAACUCAGACCUCUCUACACUUCUCGCUUCGGACCCCUCUGUUCUCUCUCUCUCUUCUGCCCUGGCUUUUUCUUCUCUCACUCUCCUCGCUUUUCCACUUUGGACCAUAAGACAUUCAUGGAGGUGGUCAAAGCAGUUUCUAGACAGGGUUCUGUGUCUUGUGAAAGUGUUGCUAUAAGGGCUGAUCAGAAGAGCUAUACUUAUUCUCAACUGAUGCAGUCUGCUUGGAGGAUAUCAAGGCUAUUAUGCAAUGGUGACCAAAAAACUGUUGAUGGCACCAGAGGGAAUGACCAUCUUGCUGGAGCUCGAAUAGGAAUUGUGGCAAAACCUUCUGCUGAGUUUGUUGCUGGAAUACUAGGGACUUGGUUUAGUGGAGGUGUCGCAGUUCCACUUGCUCUCAGCUACCCAGAAGCUGAGCUCUUGCACGUGAUGAAUGACUCGGAUGUCUCCAUGAUUUUGAGCACAGAAGAGCAUUCUGAGCUUAUGCAAAAUGUCGCAGCUAAAAGCGCUGCUCAGUUUUCUCUUAUUCCUCCUGUACAUAGUAAGUCAGAAACUGGAGAAAUUGAUGCGGGUAAAAGUUUGGAGGGGGUUGACAAUUCAAACAGUAUACAAGUUUUGUGUGCAGGAGAGGACCCUGCACUGAUUAUCUACACUAGUGGUACUACAGGUAAACCUAAAGGAGUUGUUCACACACACCGAGGCAUCUUAGCGCAGGCCCAAAUCUUGACAGACGCUUGGAAGUAUACAUCUGCUGAUCAAUUUCUGCACUGUCUCCCAUUACAUCAUGUUCAUGGGCUUUUCAAUGCUUUACUUGCCCCUCUCUAUGCGGGUUCCACGGUUGAGUUCAUUCCAAAAUUUAGUGUGAGGGCAAUCUGGCAGAGAUGGCGCGAAUCAUAUCCGAAAGAUGGGACUAAGGUGGAUGAUGCUAUAACUGUGUUUACAGGAGUUCCAACUAUGUAUACUCGAUUGAUACAAGGUUAUGAAGCAAUGGAUCCAGAAUUACAAGAGGCUUCUGCCUCAGCUGCGAGCAAGUUGCGUCUCAUGAUGUGUGGCUCCUCUGCACUCCCUUAUCCUGUCAUGCAACAGUGGGAAACCAUAACUAAACAUCGCCUAUUAGAACGAUAUGGUAUGACUGAGUUUGUGAUGGCAAUUUCUAAUCCCUUGAGAGGCAUAAGGAAAGGAGGCACUGUUGGCAAACCAUUUCCAGGUGUGCAGGCCAAGAUACUUGCAGAAGAAGGGAGUGGUGAUGAUACAACAGGGGUGGGUGAGCUUUGUAUUAAAAGCCCGUCAUUGUUUAAGGAAUAUUGGAAACUUCCUGAGGUAACUAAGGAAUCCUUCGUUGAUGGUGGAUUUUUCAAGACUGGAGAUGCUGUUAAAGUGGAUGAAGAUGGAUACUACAUCAUUUUGGGACGUACUAGUGCUGAUAUUAUGAAGGUUGGUGGAUACAAGUUAUCAGCAUUAGAAAUUGAAGCAGUUCUUCUAGAGCAUUCAGCCGUCUCAGAGUGUUGUGUGUUCGGCUUACCAGACAAAGACUAUGGGGAGGCUGUGUGCGCAAUAAUUGUACCAGAGGUAGAGAUGAAGAAAAAACAAGCGGGAGAGUUGAAACCUGCUCUAAGCUUGGAAGAACUUUGCACCUGGGCUAAAGAGAGACUUGCACCAUAUAAGCUACCAACUCGAUUGUUCCUGUGGGAGACACUUCCUCGUAAUGCUAUGGGAAAGGUGAAUAAAAAAGAAUUGAAGAAAAAACUAUCUGCUGAAGGACAAUAAAAUUCUUUCGGUUGCAAAUUGCUAGUGAAGGAUAUACAAAAGUCUUAGAGCUGAGAAAUAAAUCUGUACAACAGCUGUUUUUUUUGUUUUCGUUACUUCUUCCUUUGCGGGUGCCAUGAUGGCCCGUUCGGUAUCUGCAGGAACAUGCUGAGAAGCCCUAGAAUUGUCUUUACCAAAUUAAGCCAGAGAUCCUACUUACCAUUUUGAAGGUGUGUUUCUGGUAUGCAAUAAAUAGUCAUUGUAUCAAUAAAUAGUCGUUUCUGGUAAAAAUCUUUUUUUUAUUGAAUAAUUAAUUUUAAAAUGUGUACAUCGACUGUUGUUAGAUAAAAGAUAGUAGUUGUUGAUUUCAGUAGAUGAGCCCAUUUCAUUUUAUUUUCA